AGCAGCUAUUUCAUUCCGACCCCAGAAGUCCUGGAAAUAUCUUCUUCUUUCUAGCAUUUGCAGCUGGAUUCCGGCGAGGGUAGAUAUCUUCGAGCUGAAACAGGUCCAAUGCCAUUACACAGGUCCGUAGUUGUUAGCAAGACGAUUGAGUAAAAUGCUAUGUCUGUAGAUCUACUAGUCGUGCAUUUUCUGUCGAGGUUGUUUCGUUUUGCGGACGCAUCGCCGUCGUGGACUCUGUCCGGUGACACAGAUAGCGGAGCAGUGCGCUCGCGCCGUCGUUGUCGAUUUCCCCUUUCACGCAUCUAGCCCUGAUGCUGUGCAAUCAUGGACGAGGUGGACAAGGACUUGUUAGAACGCCUGCGCCUAGAGAUCACCAAUGUCUUGCAUGUCGAGGAUGUUCUAGACUACUUACGGUUCAGUCGAAUCUUGACGGCCAAUGACGACGAGAUAAUACGGCGCGGCCACACCCGAACGUAUCGUUGCGAUCUUCUACUGGAUAUUCUACCAACGCGAGGUGAGACGGCUUACGACGCGUUCGUCGAGGCUCUGGAGUUCGUUACUCGCGAGCAGAAGAUCGACGGCUACCGACGGCUCAUCAAGAAGCUGAAGCGACGUACGGAGGAUUCCGUGUCCGAAACGGAGGAGGAUUCUGACGACGAGGUUCGAAUACAUCGCAUGGUUAGCGGUGCAGAGCAUGGCAGGGGAGAGUUGCGUAUUGUCAUCACAUCGGAAACUGCGGCAGCACCGGCACCAGCACCAGGAACACUUCCACACGCGGCGGCCAGCAGCCAGCACCCUUGCAGCACCAUCACGGGCACUAACGUACACUUGUCGUGUGAACAGCAGAUCUGUGAUCUGGUGCAGCAGCGCAACCUUGCUCGCGAGGAGAUCAGCAUUCUUCAGCGAGACCUGGCCAAGUAUGAACACUUGGAAAAGGAUCAUGUGGAACUGAAGUCCCAGCUAGCUGACGAAGAGGAGGAGAACAAACAGCGGUUUGUGGAGCUGCGACACGCACUGGAGCAGAACUACGUGUUCAGCAGAGAGCUGGAUCGUCUCAAUGGAGAACUCGAUGAGUCUAAUGCGGAGAUGGAGAGGUUGCGACGCAUCCAGGCCGAGACGAACGCGUCGGAGGGCUCGACGUUUCGCUUCCGCGAUCUCUACACGGAGGUGAGCGCGGAGCGUGACGAUCUGAAGAAGAAACUUGGAGUGGAGAUGGCCACCACUGCGGAGCUAACUGCCAAGGUGGAGACGACGGGUAAAGAGAUAACGGAGCUACGGAAUGCCGCGCAGGAGGAACGUCACCUGAACGCAUCACUGCGAGAACAGCUCAAGCUGGCUGAUAUCGAGGUGAAGUUUGAGCGUCACAACAGCCUGACCUGGCGCAGUCGCCUGAACGAAAAGGAGAACCGCAGCAGCAGCAAAGAGCUGAGUGAUCUUACGCAUAGGUACAAGCAGCGCUGCGAAGACCUCAAUCUCGCCGCAAAGGAGAUGAAAGAGCUGCGCAAUGAACUGGAGCUGACGACAUCCUCCAUGAAGACAUCCACCCAGAUGCUGGAAGACACCGAACGUCGCUGCAUGACGCAGAGUAAGGUAUUGCAAGAGCUGGGCGAGAAAUACGGUGCUGCCACCAACGAAAGCCGCAAUUACAAGAGCCAGCUACAUCGUCUCGCCAUCGAACUGCAAGAAGUGCAGAACGCUAAGGAUGAGACUCAGUCCCAGUGCCGCAUACUCCAAGAUGAAAUGCUGCUCCGAGACAAGCGCGCGGAGAACAUCGAGGAGCUGCACGCUCGCUGGCGAAACGACAUGGACACGCUUCUCCGACAACUGGAAGAGAUGCGUCAAGACCGUGACAAAACCAAAUCGUUACAUCUACGUGAAAUGCAGGCAUCAGACACUGCUAAGAACAAGGCCGCCGACCUCCAGCACCGCUUCAACCAAUCCGACUUCAACUACAACAAAUGCAAGGCUGAGCUCAAUGAAGCCAAGCAAAACGGAUUUCUUCUUGAGUAUCAGUUGCAUCAGCUUGCUUCCAUCGUCAACAAUCUCCUGGAUUCGUCCGAAGCAAAGAAGCUGGAUCAGGACCGAGCACGCUUGCACCUCACACUACAUCGUGCUGUCGUUGCUGGAAACAUACCUGAGGGUCUGCAAGAACUCGAGAUACCCAAAGAUCGCCGACUACCUAUCAUGGAAAUUGCACUGAAUAAGGCAGACGGUUCCUCCGACAACAAGUUUGGUCUCUCCCUGGAAAGUCACAUCGUGGUAGCUAAGUCACAAGUGCCGAGCACGCAGAACUACCGCGAUCUGUUGCUGCCGGGCGAUCGCAUUCUGAAGGUGAAUGGGUUUACGGUGACAGAUCAGCAAGUAUCAGCCGUCGAUGAAUACCUGCAGCAAAGUCCACCCACGGCACGCCUCCUCAUCUUCAGAUCCCCGACGAGUUUUCUGUCUCCUGUUGGAAGUGCGAAAAUACCACUGCUACAAUCCCCGGCACAGGGCUCAAACUCGUCCAGUCUACAGCGUUCACCAAAGACCACGUCGACAAUGCCACGCCAUACGAAUCGCCUCAGUCUUGGAUUUCCGAUUCCGUUCAAUUCGGAUUCGGAAAACGACGAUCAGAGCACGAUGCCAUCGAUAAUCAUUCAGAAAGUGGAGACGCUCGGUCGCGGUACCUUGAGCAGGGAUGUAGCCGUGGAGCUCAGUCGACGCACUGUUCCUGUUCCGCCCUCUCCACCCCCGCGUGGAGGCCAGGAUCAGCAUUCAGCACAGCAUCAUAAUCAUCAGCAGCAGCAAGAGCAUGUACGGUCGUCCUUAUCCGAUGGCCAGCCCCUGGAGCCGAUCAGCCUGUACAACUCCGCCAGCUGCUUCUCCUUCUCCGACACCGAGGGCAACGCCAAGUCGGACGAGGAGGGGGCGACCUACCCGGUCCUGACCCGCCCGGGGGCCCGACGGCCCACCACGCGGGAGCGCAUAGUGCGCCGUAGCUCUAGCAUGGGAGAGUUCGACCGCCUGCGGCAACGGAUGAACUUGAUGUCGGACAGUGCGUCGGACGACUCCGGCGAACCAGCGGAUAGCAUGCUACCUGGACGCAGUCGCACUGACACGUCCGGGAAAACGACGAAGAGCGUGGCAUCGCGUACGACGACAACCAGUAGCUUCCAAUCGCCCAGCGGGGCUCUUAGCCUGCGCUCCACCCAGGAGAGGUGUAGGCGCCGUCUCACGCCCACGGAGCGUCGCAAGUGGAGGGAACGGCACGUCGACUACAUGAAAGGACAGAAUGGGUUUGGCAACUCCAUGAACGUGGGCUCGUUGAUCUUGCAGCACCGGAAAACACUGAGCACGGCUUCUCUGGAUGCCGACGUUGCCAUGGCAGGGUCGGCGGACGACAUUCCGUCGCGAUGCAAGAUCAUGCUGCCGAAGGGCAGCACUCACGUUCCGCAGAGUCGCGCCCGCUCGCCGUACUUCCACAUCGACAUCAUCGAGCACCGCCUGGAAGAUCCGCUGGUGAGACCCACGGACCGACGUAUCAGCAUGCGCAACACCGACUCAAGUAUGAUACCAGGCCACCGAAUAGUUAGUAUCCCGCUGGAGCGCAUCCGACCUCUCAAUAUACAGCUUGCUGGUGGCCGUGGUAACGGUGUGUAUAUCGAGGAUAUACGUAAUGAUAUGACUGCACUUCCCAACGCUAAGCAGUUGAACCUCAAGCCGGGCGAUCAGCUUCUGCGGCUUGGCAACUGUGACCUCGGCAACGCUACAUACGAGAUGGCAGCCACUGCCUGGAAGUUGAUCCGUAUGGCAUGCACUCUGUGCUUCCAAGAGGACAGUCAUAACGAGGAGGAGCGUUGUUUCUCGAUCAGCGUUCGUGACGCACAGACCGCGUACAAGAACUUGCCGGAUGGCGUGCGAGAUGCUUUCUUUCUAAGGAUAACCCGUGCGGUAGACAGGCAGUAUGUGGAGGGAGAGCUGCGACUAGAGACCGGUGCGCUGUACCAUGUUGUGGACACGAUGUAUCAGAACAAGGAGGGUCAGUGGCGGGCACAUCGUAUCAGUGAGACUGGCCAGGUGCUGGACACCGGCUGCAUUCCCAGUGCAUCAGUCGUCCACAUGGCUACCAAGGCUCCUACCCUGGGCUCGCCAAUGCGUAAGAUGCACUCCGACUCGCAGUCGCCGGUCAGCCUGCUCGGUACGGGUAACAAUCGCCCCCGGUCGGCAUCUGUACCCAUGAGCAGCGCCGACGGCGGCUUGGAGAAAGUCCAGGCUGUACAGGGUGGAGGUGGCGGUGGCGGUGGCGGCAGUGUUAGCCCCAUAGCCGAGGACAGGCGCAAGUCACACGUGCCGAUGACGCUGCUCUCUGCCAAGGGUGAAACAGCAACUGUGCCGGUGAGCUCUCAGUCGUGGAUGCAGCGCAUCAAACGCGAGCUGUGGCAAACACUGCGUCCAAGUCAGUCGCAAGAGGAUCCACCGUCGCCGGCACAGCCCGGACCCAAACACCUACACAGCCCAGUAACCAUGGAGACGAUAUCACCACCUGUGUAUGAAGUUGUGGAACGCUGCAGAUUGCUGUAUGCUCGCCCAGUCAUCAUCGUGGGUGCGAUGGCCGACCGACUGAUGCAUCAGCUGCUGCACGACCCACACAGCUCUUGCUUUGUCAACUGUACAGCGAUGACCAGUCAAGAAGCGGCGUUGAAUCAACUUCGCCGAGGCAGCAGCCGAAUGGAGUUCACCGAUGCUGACGGACAGACGCGUAUCGUAGCAAUUCAGAGCAUACACGACCUUUCCAAGAAGCAAAAACACAGCGUAUUUGCCAAUGUCAGUACCAACGUAGUCAGCAUCCUGCAGAGUCACUGUCUGCAUCCCAUAGUCGUGCGCAUCGUUGUCAACAACAUCAGUCACAUGUGCUUUUGCCUAGGUGUGGAAGAAGGCAAGGCUGGUCAGAUUCUACAGCAGGGAAAUGCGUUGGCAGCACAGCACAUGAGUAUUACUGAUACCUUGGUCUUUGAUCGCCAGAGUGAUUUCAAACCACUGAUCAGUGAAUUGAAAGAGCUUGUGACACGUCGACAAAACGAAGCCCUGUGGAUUGCUCAAGAUGAGCAGCUUCAUACACAACCGCUAGGUCACGACGAUGUCAGUGAUUGGCUGCAGAGUGAUGCGCUCACCAAUGGAACUGGAAGCCGUGAAUCGUCGCCUCCAUGAAGCCUCCCCGAAGUACGAAUGUGUGUGUGUUUGUGUGUGUGUGUGUGUGUGUGUGUGUGUGUGAGUGAGUGAGCGUGUGUGCGCGUGCGCCUGCAAGUGUGCGUGUGUAUGUAUGCGUGUGUCGUUGUACGUGAGUGUGUAUUCCGGCAAAGUGAGCACUGAAUACAUUAUUUGUCCAUUGUCAGCCAAUUCCUACAUCAGCACAUGCACCAGAUCUGACUCUGAUUGAGUGCCCAGUUUUGAUCAGCGAAGACCAGUUCGAGACCUAUCAUGAGUCGGUCCACUGGAUGGGUCUACAUUCUUUCACCAGUAAACUAAACCUACCUACUGCAUUGCCAAAUUAGUGCCCACCCCCCCCCCCCCCCGGCUUCAAAAUGAAUUGUGAUGCCUGAUGGAAAAACGAAAUUGCUCAUAGUUUCUUUCGCAAGUAAGUAAAAAAUCAGUUGACACCAUUUACCGAUUCUUCUUCCGUUCUCAAUUCUCAAGCUGAAGAAUAUUUUGAUUAUCACAUCCCUAGCAAUUUACCGUGGGUCUUUCACACGCAUCUGAAUCCAUGCGAUUACUUCAGCAACUCCAGCUGCUUUUCUCCACUUCCUGGUGUUACAGAAACCGUGUAUAAGCAGAAUAUAAUUUCCAUGAUAACCUGCUAUGCAAACGUAUACCAUUAAUUUUCUAAGAGCCUGCAUGGUUUCUUGUGACGGACUUGCAUAUCGUGAAAAUAUCUAAUUGUUGAGAUUUAUUCCGGUACCUCACCAAACAUAUUUUCGCCAUUUCCAGUUCCAUUUGAAGCUUUCCAUGCACUUCUUCUAGUCUGGCUAUGUUGACCCGCGAGCUCUAUAAAUAACUAAGUGCGCAUUUUGCAGAAGCAAUGAUGACCUUUCCUACCCUCAGCUCA